AUGUCGGAGAAAACAAUUAUGUCUAUGAAUGAUCAGGCAAUUAAAAUUGAACCACCAGAAUAUUCACCAGAAGACAUUAAAUUCGAAAAAGAGGAUGGUUUUGAUAAUCCCGAUGUUAGUGUUAAAUCGGAAUUGUGUGCUGAAGAUGAUAAUACGUGUUUACAAAGAUUCAUGAAUUCCGAAGUGACAAUUGAAGAAGAAAUCAAACAGGAGUUAGUCGAGUCCUCAAUUUAUGAACGUGACAUUUGCAAUAGAAAAUUUGCAGAAUCAAAUCAUUUAAAAGAGCAUAUGGCCGAUCAUAUUGCUAAUAAUAGCAAAGAAUGUCCUUUCAAAUGCGAAAUCUGUUACAAGGCUUUUAAUCGAUUAAGUGUUCUGAAAAGGCACAUGCUCAUUCACAGUGGUGAGCGCGCCCAUGAAUACAGUAGUUUAAAAAAUCACAUGCUGAUGCAUAGUGGAGUACGUCCCCAUGAAUGCAAUAUAUGCAAAAAGAAAUUUACAGAAUCAGGUCAUCUGAAACGUCACAUACUGAUUCACAAUGGAGUACGCCCUCAUGAAUGCAAUAUAUGCAAAAAGAAAUUUACACAAACAAUAUGUAAUAAGGAAUUUACUCAAUCGAAGGAUUUGAAGGGACACAUGGCACUUCACAGUCAGAAGCAUGGUGAAGAUCAAUGA